AUGGAUAACACCACACAGCUCACUCCGGGGAAUUUCCUGGGGUUUGUCCCCAACACGGACCCUCGGGCGGGCUUGGGAUUCCAGCAAUUGGUCACCUAUGCUUGCUUGCUGCUUCCGGCCUACGCGUUCCUGGUCUCUCAUCUGCGAUUCCGAUAUCUACAGCGGCUGCACCAAAAAUACCCCUAUAACACUCGAGAGUCUUUAUCUCGCAUGACCGAUGAUGAAGCCUGUGAGAUACAAAAAGGCUUGGUGCAGCUGGAGUUUCCAUUCCUCUACCUCAAAUCACUCCAGUUUGCUCUUUUCAGGACAUACGGCAUCCCGACCAUCUCGACAGUGCUCACAAAUACAACCCAGUUCUCAAAGCCCGACACGGCCCUCAAACGCUACGCUGAUACCGCCGCCCUGAUUCAAGAAUUUGUAGGCCAUGCGCCAACCUCUCGUCGUGCUUGCACUUCUAUUGCACGCACCCGCUGGAUCCACAGCAACUAUCGCGCUUCAGGCAAGAUCCUGGAAGAUGAUAUGUUGUACACCCUUGGCCUUUUUGCUAUUCAGCCAGUUAGAUUUGUGGAAAUGUAUGAAUGGCGGGACCUGAGCGACCUUGAGAGAUGUGCUAUCGGUACCUUCUGGAAAAGUUUGGGCGACAGCUUGGAUAUCAGCUAUGAUGCCCUCCCAUCAGGUAAAACUGGGUUUCGCGAUGGCCUUCAUUGGCUGGAGGAGAUGAUGGUCUGGAGCGACGAUUAUGAGGUUCGUUGCAUGGUACCUCAUGUCAAGAACCGUGAGGUGGCCGAUCAAACCAUCGCAGUGCUGCUGUACAUGCUUCCCCAGCCACUGCACUUUAUUGGAAUGAGAUUUGUCUCGUUCAUGAUGGACGAUCGCUUGCGGAAGGCCAUGUUGAUCGACCCUCCUCCAGCUUUUGAUGCUAAGCUUUUCUCGUUACUGUUCUCCGCUCGUCGGUUUGCAUUGCGGUAUCUCGCGCUACCCCGCCCUUAUUUUCUGCGGUAUGUUAGUUACACCGAUGAUUAUAACGAGAACGGUCGCAUCUACAUGACCAACUGGGAUGCCGCCCCUUACUAUGUGAAGCCGAGUCUCCGGAACCGCUGGGGCCCAGUUGCCUGGCUGACUUGGGCGCUUGGUCGGCCUUUGCCCGGAGAUGAGGGGGACAAGUAUUAUCCAAAGGGGUAUGAUAAUCUCAACGUAGGCCCGAAGUAUUUCGAAGGUAAGGGCCGUCAGGGUAUGGAUGACAUUAUGAAGGAGUUGGAGACUACGCGACGGGGCCAAUGCCCAUUCCACUGA